CUAUCAGAUAAAAAACUUCUCGACGUUUAUGACAUUGAAAUUCCGGCAAAUCAAACGUUUGAUUCUCGUACUUGGUACGAUUUUUCCAAAUCCCGUCAUCAAUUGUUUUUAUCGGACACUGGGAAAGUCAUACAGAUGGUGCCCAAUGAGUACAAAUGGUUAUUGCAAAUAGACAUCAAUAACUUCUGCAUCGACUUGAAACUACAAGGAAAGGCAACUCCUCCAAAAUUCGUUAUCAUGACUCAUUAUGAAAGUCCUGAUGACAGCAACGCCACGAUUGUUACAAUAGGAUUUCUAGUUUCAACAUUUUUCUUGGCGCUAGUUCUAGCGGUAUACAUCAUGUUGCCUGAGCUGCGUAACCUUAGCGGCUUAGUGCUGAUGGCCUAUGUGUUCAGUCUACUCGGCGCCUUCUUCAUCAUGGCUGUCCUUCGUCUGCAUGCACAUGAACUAGAAGAUGGGAAGUUCUUCUAUCUAUACGUACCGAUGCUGAUUCUAAUCUUGAGCAACUGGUUGUUGUUUGUAAUGACGGCGUUCAAUAUUUGGCGGCUACAUCGGAGUACAGCUGUGCUGGAUUCUGCGGCCGCCGGUACGCCGGCUGCUCAUCGCACACAGCGAUAUCGAUUCAUGGUGUAUCUUAAAUUGGCUAUUAUCAUGGGCAUCAACUGGGUAUUGGAGGUGGUCAGUUCCUCUAAUCCUGGCUUCAAGGUCUGGUACAUAAGCGACGCUUACAAUUUACUCAUGGGUUUCUUCAUUUUUGUCAUUUUUGUCUGUAAGAAAAAAAUUUUACGGAAAAUUAUUAAAAGGUUGUCAGGUCACAACGACUGGCAAAUGAGACGCAAUAUGUUGCAAUUCAAGAGCAAUAAAGGCAGCACCAUCAGCCAAACUACCGAGUCCGAAAUCAGCCAGGAAAUACCACUACAAAUCUGCAACAAUCCUAAGGGACUAGCAUCUAAUGACAUCGCAGGUUAAGCCGUUGGAAGGUUUACUAAGUGUGACAUGGUGUGAUAGGUGGUCACAUUUUUUGUGGCGACAUUACGAAAAUUCGAAAACAAUUAUUCCUAAAAUUAUAACAACAAUCUUUGAGCGCUGCACAGAAGGAGCAAUUUUAGUU